AUGCAUCUAUCUAUCUAUCUAUCUAUCUAUCUAUCUAUCUAUCUAUCUAUCUAUCUAUGGCUGUCAUUUCAUUUCAUAUCUAUCUAUCUAUCUAUCUAUCUAUCUAUCUAUCUAUCUAUCGUUUGUCAUAAUCCAAUUCUUUCUUUCUUUUUCUUUUGUCCAAUUUAUCUAUCUAUCUAUCUAUCUAUCUAUCUAUCUAUCUAUCUAUCUAUCUAUCUAUCUAUCUCAGUCUGUUUAGAUCUAUCUAUCUCAGCAUGCGUGUAUAUCUCAUCAUUGCCCGUUUUCUCUCUCUCUCUGUCUAUCUAUAUAGUAUAUCCCUAUAAUCUAUCUAUCUAUCUAUCUAUCUAUCUAUCUAUCUAUCUAUCUAUCUAUCUAUCUAUCUAUUGCUUUCAUUUCAUUUCAUAUCAUAUAUCUAUCUAUCUGUGGCCGUCAUUUCAUAUCACAUCAUAUCACAUCAUAUCUAUCUAUCUAUCUAUCUAUCUAUCUAUCUAUGGCUGUCAUUUCAUUUCAUAUCUAUCUAUCUAUCUAUCUAUCUAUCUAUCUAUCUAUCUAUCUAUCUAUCUAUGGCUGUCAUUUCAUUUCAUAUCUAUCUAUCUAUCUAUCUAUCUAUCUAUCUAUCUAUCUAUCUAUCUAUCUAUCUAUUUCAUUUGA